GGCAGGGCAGCGGGGCAGAGGUGCAGAUGAAAAGAGUCUAGAGAAACUUCUUCAAGCUCUGAUAUACAACUACCAGACCUCCAAAACAAAAAUGAAUGGGCAGAAGCAGUGGACACGGGUGGCUGUGAUGGCACUCCUGGUCCUAACGGUGAUGGCAGCUGAAGGAGGCAAAGCAGAGAAACAAGGAAAGAAGGAGCGCAAGUCGGACUGCGGGGAGUGGCAGUGGAGCGUUUGUGUAGCCAACGAAGGCGACUGUGGACUCGGCACCCGGGAGGGAACGCGCACCGGCACCGACUGCAAGCAGACCAUCAAGACCCAACGCUGCAAGAUCCCCUGCAACUGGAAGAAGAAGUUUGGAGGGGAGUGCAAGUACGACUUCCAGGCUUGGGGGGAAUGCGACCUGGCGACGGGCAAGAAGAACAGGACGGGCGUGCUGAAGCGAGCACUCAUGGAUGCGACCUGCGCUGCCACUGUCACAGCCACCAAGCCCUGCGGGAAAAUCCCCAAGACCAAGCUGCAAGAUGCAAAGAAGCAAAAGAAGGAAGGCAAGAAGCGAGAGCGCGCCCAAAUGGACUGAUGAGGUUGUUUGUCCCGGCGAGGAAGGAAGAAGAGGGUGGAAAGACGUUCACUGCCCUGUUCCAACACGGUUCCUCUUCAUGUGUCCUGUAGGUUGGCAGUAGGAGCCUAUAGAGCUUUGACAAAACCAGUGGAAAUAUGACUUUUAGUGACAAUAUGUUUUGCUUUUUUCUUCUUUUUAGCACCUGAUAAGAAACAACUUGUAUGUCGCGAUAGAAGAUUUAAUACUCAGCGGUAGGGAUGAAUAAUGAAUUUGGACGAGAUUUGUUUUCUAGCGUUCUCACCUAAUGAUGUUAUUUCUAGGAUUGUUUUCUUAAGAACAAAUUGGAUAGGAUUUGUUUUCCAGUUGCAUAGCCUAACUCUAAUUUGGAGAACUCUUUUGUUCCGUGCCCCGACUUAACGAAGCAGUUUGCUCGAAGUGGAGCUCUAAACAUCUUCACUUAAUUAAUUUGAGCAACAAAAAUGAAUAAAUAAAUAAAAGUUGUGCAUUUGCAGUUUUUCAAAUGGCUCAAUGGUAACACUUUCCCCCGUUCCUCUGUGCUAUAUGAUAUUUUUCUUUUAUUUCCGGUAAGAAUAAACAUAAACUUGUUCUUUCUGGAGGCUGCAUGAAAUAGCUAUUGUACAACUGUGCCAACUGUUUUUAGUUUGUUUUCCUUCUGCUGCUCUGUUUUACCUCAAUUUAUACCCACUGAUUUUUACUCUCCAGCUCUCGGCUGUAAAAAAUUAAAGUCUUGACUAUUGUAGUCCUCAGUUGGAGUUAACACCCCCCUUUUGUUUCCUGUUACACUU